ACGGAACUAUAAAGCAAUGCAAAUCAAUAGGUUUGAAAAUUUAAAUAUUGCUUAAGCAUAAGCCACUGGUCAUUACGGAAAAUGGAUCAUCCGAUGCCAAAGUUUCUGCCCCGCAUUGAGAACCCUGGUGGGGCACCGUACGUGGCCACCGGCGAUGGAAAUCCUUUCGAGACAGACGACGAUGAAGAGGAGAUGUUUAGAAAGUGCAAAAUGAAUCUUCGCACGCCCGAUGAUUGCACGGGCAAGCUAACGCACUUAAGUGUGUCCAAGAACUGGUUGGUUUGUCUGCUAGCCAGCCCAGAAAACAUAAUCAUGCUGCGAUACUUCUUGCUUCGCGCGGCUCUUCCACCAGGAAAAAUUGCACUGGAAAAAAUUGUAACCGCAUCCGGCUAUAAGAUUACCAAAAUAUUUCAUGAUCCAACUGGUCAUCAUUUAAUCAUUUCGAUUGUGCCCAAGCAGGUGGGUGUCUCAGCAGACUUCCUUUACGUGCACGCGAACGGCCCCAAGCCGCGCCGCAUUGAGAAAUUCAAGGAGCACGAAAUUACAGCCGUGGCAUUCAACACAUACGACGGCAACGAAUCAACGACCGGCCCCAUAUUGCUGGGCACUAGUCGAGGCAUCAUAUUCGAGACUGAACUUGGCCUGAAUAGUGAUACGCAACGGCGCCAACUGUACGAUUUGGGGCUGGGCUUGGCCAAAUAUCCCAUCACGGGCCUGGAGCUGCUUCGGGUGCCUAACAGCAGCCGAUACAUAGUGGUGGCCACCACUCCCGACUGCAUCUACACAUUCCAGGAGACACUGCGACCCGAUGAGCGUUCGCUGAAUGCCAUAUUUUCGGGUUACGUAACAAGCAUGAAGGAGCCGCACUGCGAGGAACGUAAAACAGAUAUAAAUUGUUCCCUGCUGCGCUUCUUUGCGCCACCAAACAGCAAGUACCCGAAGCAGUGGGCCUGGCUAUGCGGCGCAGGCAUUCGCGUGGGCGAGCUCUCUAUUGAUCCCAAAAGCUCUGCUACACUGCUGGGUGACACACUCAUUAGGCUAGACUUUGACCAGCUGCUACAUUUGUCGUUGGACGAGCGUCGCCUAUGCGUGCCCAAGGCCUUUGUACUCACAGAGUAUCAUGCACUGCUCCUCUACGCGGAUCACAUCUCUGCCAUUUGCCUGCUUAACCAAGAGGUUGUCUAUAAUGAGACGUUUGAUGAGCACCGCCUGGGCCGCCUCCUCAACAUGGAUCGUGACGCCUUCACGGGCGACAUUUACGUGUAUACAGAUCAGUAUGUGUUCAAGAUGCGAAUAACACACGAGGAGCGUAACAUAUGGCGCAUAUAUCUGGAGCGCGGCCAAUAUGAGCUGGCCACGGCGCAUGCAGCGGGAGUGCCCCAAAAUUUGCAACUAGUGCUCGCGCAGCGCGCGGAUGCUGCUUUCAAUGAAGGCAACUACGAGGCGGCCGCUAACUACUAUGCCGAAACAGAUAAGACCUUCGAACAGGUUUGCCUAAAGUUCAUGGAGCUGGAUGACAAGCGACCCAUUAUAAACUAUGUGAAGAAGCGUCUAAGUAGGCUGAUCACAAGCAUAGCAGCUGGAGCAGGUCAACCGAAUGCAGGUGCCGGAGGUAAAGAAGUAGCGCAGCCAGAGCUGGCAACCAAGGCGCUGGUCAUUUGGCUGAUCGAUCUCUAUCUCAUACAAAUCAACAUGCCCGAUCGUAAUGCCGCCUGGCGCAGUGCCUGGCAACAAGAAUAUGAUGAAUUCAUGCGUGAGCCGGCGGUCCUUGCCUGCACCCGUGAAAAUAGUACUGCAGUCCAGCAAUUAAUUUCCCAGCAUGCGGAUCCUCAUAACCUCGCCCAGUUCGCUAUCUCCAUUGGUGACUAUGACGAGGUCAUUGCCCAGCAAUUAAAUGCCGAACGCUAUGUGGAGGCACUACAAACGCUGGAGAAUCAACGUAAUCCCGCACUCUAUUAUAAGUACGCGCCCACGCUAAUGGAGCACCUGCCGGAACAGACGGUGAACGCUUUAAAGGCGGAAGGCCCUCGUCUGGAUGUGGAGAAGCUGGUGCCUACUCUCAUUGUAAUGGACACGCGGGAGCAGCGCAAACAUGUCACACGAUAUCUUGAGUUUGCCAUUUAUAACCUGAACACGUCCAACGAUGCCAUACACAAUUAUCUGCUGCAUCUCUACGCGGAGCACGAGCCCACUAAGCUGAUGAAAUAUUUGGAGAUUCAGGGUUUUGACGAGACGCAGGUGCGCUACGACGUACCCUAUGCGCUGAAGGUGUGCACGGAUCUGGAUCGUAAGGAGGCCUGCGUAUUCCUGCAAUGCUUGCUCUCUAUGUGGACAAUGGCCGUGGACUUGGCGCUUAAAUUCGACAUGAAACUGGCCAAGGAGACAGCCUCCAAGCCGGAUGAUCCCGAGACACGACGCAAUCUUUGGCUUCGUAUAGCUUACCAUGAAAUCAAGGGCACAAAUGACGUAAAGAAAGCGCUUAAUUUGCUACAGGAAUGCAAGCUGUUACGCAUAGAGGAUCUACUGCCAUUCUUCUCGGACUUCGAGAAAAUUGACAAUUUCAAGGAGGCUAUUUGCAACUCCCUCAAGGAAUACAAUCAACGCAUACAGGAGCUACAGCGCGAUAUGGCCGAGACCAAAGAGCAGUCGGAUCGCGUGUGCGCGGAUCUUCAACAGCUGCGGACACGCAGCAUUCGCAUGGAGGCGAAGGAUGUCUGCAGCAUUUGUGAGCUGAUGCUGCUGGUCAAGCCGUUCUUUGUCUUUAUUUGUGGCCACAAGUUUCACAGCGACUGUCUGGAGAAGCAAGUGGUGCCUAUGCUGACCAAAGAGCGCAGUCGACAGCUGACGAUGCUCAAACACCAAAUGGAAGCCCUGAUGACACAAACAGCGUCAAAUGCCAUGGCUGCGCCGGAAGAACAACGCAAGCGCUUAGAACUUAAGACUAAGAUUGAGGAAAUACUAGCUGCCGAUUGCCUCUAUUGCGGCCUAAUGAUCGAGACCAUUGAUCAGCCGCUCGUUGAUGAUUGGGACAAGGUUAAUGUGGAGUGGGACUAGCCAGUCCUCACUCAGUUCGCUUCGAAUUCUGCAAUAUAUGUACAUUUUCAUGUGCGUCCAUUUUGUAUUUGUUGGUGUAUAUAUUAAGUAAACAGUAUUUAUUGAUAAUUUUUUACAAAUCACAUUCAGAGAGCUAAAAUUGUGCACUGCUCCAGUUUCUGUGCAUGGCCUAUGAACUAAAUACAUACAACAUAUAUAAAUG